UCGCCGGCGCCGUGUGACUCCGGGCUGGAGGUGCGCUCGCGGCGCUUCGGCCAUGGUUUUCUCAAACAGUGAUGAAGGCCUCAUUAACAAAAAGUUACCCAAAGAACUUCUCUUAAGAAUAUUUUCCUUCUUGGAUAUAGUAACUUUGUGCCGAUGUGCACAGAUUUCCAAGGCCUGGAACAUCUUAGCCUUGGAUGGAAGCAACUGGCAAAGGAUAGACCUUUUUAACUUUCAAACAGAUGUGGAGGGUCGCGUGGUGGAGAAUAUCUCAAAGCGAUGCGGGGGAUUCCUGAGGAAGCUGAGCUUGCGAGGCUGCAUUGGUGUCGGGGAUUCCUCCUUGAAGACCUUUGCUCAGAACUGCCAGAACAUCGAACAUUUAAACCUCAAUGGAUGCACAAAAAUCAGUGACAGCACGUGUUACAGCCUCAGCAGGUUCUGUUCCAAGCUGAAACACCUGGACCUGACCUCCUGCGUGUCCAUUACAAACAGCUCCUUGAAGGGCAUCAGUGAGGGCUGCCGAAACCUGGAGUACCUGAAUCUCUCUUGGUGUGAUCAGAUCACGAAGGAUGGCAUCGAGGCAUUGGUGCGAGGCUGUCGCGGCCUGAAAGCACUGCUCCUGAGGGGCUGCACUCAGUUAGAAGACGAAGCCCUGAAACACAUUCAGAAUUACUGCCACGAGCUUGUGAGCCUCAACUUACAGUCCUGCUCACUCAUCACGGACGAAGGUGUGGUGCAGAUCUGCAGAGGCUGCCACCAGUUGCAGGCUCUCUGCGUUUCUGGUUGCAGCAGCCUCACGGACGCGUCUCUUACGGCCCUGGGUCUGAACUGCCCGAGACUUCAGAUUUUGGAGGCUGCCCGAUGUUCCCAUUUGACUGACGCAGGCUUUACACUUCUAGCUCGGAAUUGCCAUGACCUGGAGAAGAUGGAUCUUGAAGAAUGCAUCCUGAUAACCGACAGCACGCUGACCCAGCUCUCCAUCCACUGCCCCAAACUGCAAGCCCUGAGCCUCUCCCACUGUGAGCUCGUCACAGACGACGGGAUCCUGCAUCUGAGCAACAGUACCUGUGGCCACGAGCGGCUGCGGGUGCUGGAGCUGGAUAACUGCCUCCUCAUCACCGAUGUGGCGCUGGAGCACCUAGAGAACUGCCGGGGCCUGGAGCGCCUCGAGCUGUACGACUGCCAGCAGGUUACCCGCGCUGGCAUCAAGAGGAUGCGGGCCCAGCUCCCUAAUGUCAAAGUACAUGCCUACUUCGCUCCUGUCACCCCACCAACGGCGGUGGGAGGAAGUGGACAGCGACUGUGCAGGUGCUGUGUUGUUCUCUGACGGCAGCUGCUCCUCCCCAAGGCAGGGUGUGGUGUCCCUUCCUCCAGAGAAGACAGCCUUUCUCAUCUACUCCACUGCUACCCAACUCUGAUGAUACUCUACUGGGAAAGGCUUUUACAGGUAAAGACUUCUGUGUGGGUUGCAGUAACUCUGGUGAUAACUGUCACCUUUAUCCUGCUGUAGUGCAAUCAAGUCAAAGCCUUGUCAGUUAACAUGUGGCAGGAGUGGUCUCAAUGCAGCCAGGAUGGUGUGAGAGGCCCCAGAGCUCCUAAGAGGUGGGUGCCUAUCUAGGUACAAAGUCAUCCUGUGGCCCUGUUGGCACUCCUCAGAACAGACCAUCAGUGUUAGCACAAACUGAGCAGAAAAAAUCGGCUGAUGAGUUUGAGACUUAAGAAACCAGUGGGCUACUAUAAUUCACGAUUCCAUUUUUAUUAGCUGGAUUCUUCCACUUUGAAGACUAAAUAGCAACUUUAUCGAAGUGACUGUACUGCAAAUUCGUAAUGCCUGGUCAUUUGAUAUGUAGAGACUCGUGUGGAAGGUACGCUCGUUGGUUUCCAUAAGACACCAAAGAAAUGAGGACCCUGAACUGGGUGAAGCAGGGUCUUCACCCUCUGCUUGUCAGCCUGUCAAAGACACCUCCGGGAACCAAAAACGAAACAGAACCAGUUCAGAGUCUGUGUUGCCUGACUGGAAGCUCUGGCAUAGGGUGCAGCACCUAGUGCAUGUCUGUUAGCAUGUCUGUUAAAGACAAGACGCUAUGUCCACAUCCCUCACAAACGGUGAGGGACCUAAAGAAAUAGGACUGAUUAAGGCUUUAAGUUUGUUAACAUAACCAAUUGGAAAUAAUGGAUACAUGUAGAGUGGAUUUUUUUUUCAAGUUUAUUUUAAAAUCUUAGAAAUCAAGUUACAUCAGAACUACUCAAAAAUUUUACACUUCAAUCUCAGAUCAGUAAAAUGUUGGCACCUUUUACUCAUAAUAAUGAAUAAAUCAUUGCAAUGUUAAAAAAAAUUAACUGAGAGGGUUUUAUUGCUAUAAUCUUAUGGCAGACAAAUCUGUGCGAAAGCAUUUUUGAAGUUCAGACUUUCCUAACGUUGUCUAAAACCUGAUCUGACCUCUUUUCUCCCAUGGCCGGUUCCUGCUUUGUACUAUUCCCAUCUGUGGUCUUUAUUAAAGAUGAGAAACUCAUCGCUGCUUUAGUUGUGAACUGGUGUGUUGUUAAUCAUAGCUGACGUUGCAACCACUCCCCCCAAAGAGAAGAGCCGGGAGCUCAUGAGAUGAAACUGCAAAAACCAGAGGGCAUUUUUCCACACCCGGCAGCACCUCCAUUAGCUGACAGAUUU